UGGCAACUUCGAAUCAAGCCAUCCCACGAAGUCCUUCCUUUCCUUUACAUGCCAAACAAGAGAGCCUCUCCUCAUCUCUCCCCUCUCCAACCCCCCUCAAAAGGAAGCAUCUUCCUUCCCCUGAGCCCCGCUCUCCCCUCCCCGGAAAGCCCACCAUGCCCGUCGACACCCUCCCCGGUUCCGGCCAGACCAUCUGCGUCACUGGCGCUGGCGGUUUCAUCGCCUCUUGGAUGGUCAAGCUGCUCCUCGAGAGAGGCUAUGCGGUGCGAGGCACCCUCAGGAACCCAGACGAUCCGAAGAAUGCGCAUCUGAGAGAGCUGGAAGGGGCCAGCGAGAGAUUGACGCUGCACAAGGGUGAUCUGAUGGACUACGAGAGCUUGAGGGAAGCCAUCAUGGGGUGCGACGGCGUCUUCCACACCGCCUCUCCGGUCACCGACGAUCCCGAGCAAAUGGUGGAGCCGGCGGUGAUCGGGACGAAAAACGUGAUUGUUGCGGCGGCGGAGGCCAAGGUCCGGCGGGUGGUGUUCACCUCCUCCAUCGGCGCAGUCACCAUGGACCCGAACCGAGGUCCGGAUGUCGUGGUGGAUGAGUCUUGCUGGAGCGACCUCGAAUUUUGCAAGAGUACUAAGAACUGGUAUUGCUACGGCAAGGCGGUGGCGGAGCAGGCGGCUUGGGAGGAGGCGAAGGAGAGAGGGGUCGACAUCGUGGUGGUCAACCCCGUGCUCGUGCUCGGGCCGUUGCUUCAGUCGACGAUCAACGCAAGCAUCAUCCACAUCCUCAAGUACCUGACCGGGUCGGCCAAGACGUACGCCAACUCGGUCCAAGCGUACGUGCACGUGAAGGACGUCGCGCUCGCUCACAUCCUCAUCUUCGAGAACCCAUCCGCCUCGGGCCGCUAUUUGUGCGCCGAGAGCGUCCUCCACCGCGGCGACGUGGUGGAAAUCCUCUCCAAGUUCUUCCCCGAGUACCCAUUCCCGACCAAGUGCUCUGAUGAGGUUAAUCCAAGAGCAAAACCAUACAAAUUCUCCAACCAGAAGCUGAGAGACUUGGGGCUCGAGUUCACCCCGGUGAAGCAGUGCCUGUACGAAACCGUCAAGAGCUUGCAGGAGAAAGGCCACCUACCUGUCCCUCCCCCGCCGGAAGAUUCGGUGCGUAUUCAAGCAUGAUCUAGAUCCGUCGUGGUGCAAAUUAGUAAUUUCCGAGAAAAACGAGAUCGAUAUGUGGGAAUUUGUUUCUACUUUUCUUAGUCAAAUAUGGAGAUAUUAUUAAUCCCGAGUUCUGCACUGUAUUGGAAGUUGUCAAUUUGAUCAAUCAUUGUAAGGCAUCGUUGGCAGAAAUGGGAUGUGAAUUACCGUCC